GCGGCCCCGCCCUCAGGCAGUUGUCAGGUUUGGUGUGAGGCUUUGGACCUACUGCGCAGGCGUCUUCCUGCCGUAACCUGGUCACCUUGGAGUGUUAGAAUGAUCCACAAAAGUUAACAGCCGAGUCUGUUGGCUCUUCUCUCUCCCAGCCCUUAAAGGGUUUGGGGACCAGGGAAGAACCCCAUGUGGCGUUUGGCUCUCUCCUCCUCCCGUUCGCCCCAGUCCCUCAUCGUUUGAGUCAGACGCUGGGGCCAAAAGUCUGGCUGCCUGUUUAGCGUGUAGUAGUGAGUACUCGGUUUCCGGAGGUAUUUAAGCAAAGACUGGAGUUUGGCGGUGGUGGAGUAUAAGCCUUCCUAAACGGCAUAAUGUAGUAGACAACCCCUUUUAAAAGACCCUUCUAGCCGUGAAGAGUAUGAUGUAGAGUUUGGUCGGAGAACAUCAACCUCCAGCAACAACCCCGCCGGCACUUCCUACUCAAAACUAAAAUACAGGAGAGAGUGGGUCAGUUUUCAGUAUCCGUGGCGUGACAGUCACUGAGGUAGAUCUGCAGAAGCUUCUACCUAAUCACGCAGGCCCUGUCGGUACUUCCUCGUUCUCACGCCCUUGGUCUGCAUCCUCUAGCGCUCUUUGAGUACACGCCUCCUCGGAUGCAAAAACCUUUUCGGUUUCUAAUGAAGGCAGCUCCUCAUCAGCUACUCAGAACCAAGAAAAAUUUGCCAGAUAAACCUCUGUAGAAACCCUAAUUUGGGCCUGGAAAUCCCGGGAGCAAGUGUCAAUUUGUCACUCCUUAAGGACAUGAAAGUCCCAGAAACUUGAUGGUGGUGAAGUGCUGGCGGUUAUUUAGAAAGACUGACAAUCUAAAAGAUCGCCUGGGGCCUUGGCCUGAGAUCUGGGAGCCUGUGAAGUGACUGGGAAGCCAUGGACGCAGCUGAGAAAAUCAGUGUUGAAGAUGAAGCUGUGGAUAAAAAGAUUUUCAAAGACUGCAGCAAGAUUGCUUUCUACAGGCGUCAGAAACAGCGGCUCUCCAAGAAGUCUACCUAUCGGGCAUUACUAGACUCAGUCACAGAAGGCAAAGAGAGCACCAGGUUCCAAAUCAUCAACGAAGCAGCUAAGGUUCCUCUCCUGGCUGAAGUUUAUGGUAUAGAGGGAAAUAUUUUCAGGCUUAAAAUCAAUGAAGAAGCACCCUUGAAACCCAGAUAUGAAGUUCCUGAUGUCCUCACAAGCAAGCCAAGCACUGUAAGGCUGAUUUCGUGCUCAGGGGAUACAGGCAGUCUCGUAUUGGCAAAUGGAAAAGGAGAUCUGAAGUGUCACAUCACAGCAAACCCAUUCAAGAUAGACUUGGUAUCUGAAGAGGAGGUUGUGAUGAGCAUAAACUCCCUGGGCCAACUGUACUUUGAGCAGCUGCAGAUUCCUCCCAAGCAAAGCAGAGCUACCAAGGAAAAUGAGGAGGAUACAUCAGAUGACACCACUCAGGAAAAUCAAGAGGAACUGGGCCUGUGGGAGGAGAAAUUCAGAAAUUUUGUGGACGUCAAAGAUAAUGGUCCUGCCUCCAUUGGUUUGGAUUUCUCCUUGCAUGGGUUUGAGCAUGUCUAUGGGAUCCCGCAACAUGCAGAAUCACACCAACUUAAAAAUACCAGUGAUGGAGAUGCUUACCGUCUUUAUAACCUAGAUGUCUAUGGAUAUAAAAUACAUGACAAAAUGGGCAUUUAUGGUUCAGUGCCUUAUCUCCUGGCCCACAAACUGGGCAGGACUCUAGGCAUUUUUUGGCUAAAUGCCUCAGAAACACUAGUGGAGAUCAAUACAGAACCUGCUGUAAAGUAUGCAUUGACCCAGAUGGGCCCAGUUGCUGCUAAAGAAAAGGGCAGAUCUCAAACUGAUGUGCACUGGAUGUCAGAGAGUGGAAUCAUUGAUGUUUUUUUGCUGACAGGACCUACACCUUCUGACGUCUUCAAGCAGUACUCAUACCUUACAGGCACACAAGCCAUGCCCCCUCUCUUCUCCUUGGGGUACCAUCAGUGCCGCUGGAACUACAAAGAUGAACAUGAUGUAAAGGCAGUGGAUGCAGGAUUUGAUGAACAUGACAUUCCUUACGAUGUCAUGUGGCUGGACAUAGAGCACACCGAAGGCAAGAGGUACUUCACCUGGGACAAGAAAAGGUUCCCAAACCCCAAAAGGAUGCAAGAGCUGCUCAGGAGCAAAAAACGUAAGCUUGUGGUCAUUAGUGACCCCCACAUCAAGAUUGAUCCCGACUACUUAGUGUAUGCUAAGGCCAAAGAACAGGGCUUCUUUGUGAGGAAUCAUGAAGGGGGAGACUUUGAAGGUGUAUGCUGGCCUGGUCUCUCCUCUUACCUGGAUUUUACCAGUCCCAAAGUCAGAGAGUGGUAUUCCAGUCUUUUUGCUUUCUCUGUUUAUCAGGGAUCUACUGACAUCCUCUACAUAUGGAACGACAUGAAUGAGCCCUCUGUCUUUAGAGGGCCAGAACUAACCAUGCAGAAGAAUGCCAUUCAUCAUGGCAACUGGGAGCACCGAGAACUUCACAACAUCUAUGGCUUUUAUCAGCAAAUGGCCACUGCAGAAGGACUGAUCCAGCGAUCUAAAGGGAAGGAGAGACCCUUUGUUCUUACACGUUCUUUCUUUGCUGGAUCACAAAAAUAUGGUGCUGUGUGGACAGGUGACAACACAGCAGAGUGGAGUUACCUGAAAAUUUCUAUCCCUAUGUUACUCACCCUCAGCGUGACUGGGAUCUCUUUUUGUGGAGCGGAUGUAGGCGGCUUCAUCGGGAAUCCAGAGGCAGAGCUGCUAGUGCGGUGGUACCAGGCCGGAGCCUACCAGCCCUUCUUCCGUGGCCAUGCCACCAAGAACACCAAGCGACGGGAACCCUGGCUCUUUGGGGAGGAGCACACCCGGCUCAUCCAAGAAGCCAUCAGAGAGCGCUAUGCCCUCCUGCCCUACUGGUAUUCUCUGUUCUACUCUGCACACGUGGCUUCCCAACCCGUCAUGAGGCCUCUGUGGGUAGAGUUCCCUGAUGAAUUAGAGACUUUCAGUGUGGAAGAUGAAUACAUGCUGGGAAGCGCUUUAUUGGUUCACCCAGUCACAGAACCAAAAGCUACUGUGGUUGAUGUGUUUCUGCCAGGAUCAAGUGAGGUCUGGUAUGACUCUAAGACAUUUGCUCAUUGGGAAGGAGCAUGUACUGUAAAGAUCCCAGUAGCCUUGGACACGAUACCAGUGUUUCAACGAGGUGGAAGUGUGGUACCAAUAAAGACAACUAUAGGAAGAUCCACGGGCUGCAUGACUGAUUCCCCAUAUGGACUCUGGGUGGCCCUAAGCACUAAGGGUUCUGCUGUGGGUGAAUUCUAUCUCGAUGAUGGUCAUUCAUUCCAAUACCUCCACCAGAAGCAAUUCUUGCACAGGAAGUUUUCAUUCACCUCAGGUGUUUUGAUCAACAGUUGUGCUGACAAGAGGGGUCAUUAUCCCAGCAAGUGUGUGGUGGAGCAGAUUUUGGUCCUAGGCCUCAAGAAGCAUCCAUCUUCUGUGACCAGCCACUCACCUGAUGGUCUAAAUCAUCCUGUGGAUCCUGGCUAUAGUGGACCUGGGGUGGUCAGUUCCUGACAGAAGUGAUCCGAGGAUGUAGAUUCCAGUUUGACCAGUGUUGAAUCAAAGAAAUGUUGAUGGAAGACAGUGAUACGCAAUCAUUAACUGCCUUGGCGCAACAGAAGCCAUUCCAGCUGCAGAUGCUGCCUGACCUUAGCUGAACUAUGUUAUAAAAACGAGUUCUUUAUCCUUGAAGAGGCUCUGGGACUUGAAACCGCGCAGCUGUUCACAUGCUCAUCAUCUACCUUUGUCUGUGGGCUCGGAUUGGAUUUCUCGCUGAUAGCAUGAGCUUCUACAGCUGUGCGGCUGAAUAAACCUUGAGUGUGGACCUGCUAAUCUGACAGGGGGUUUUAUUCACAACAAUUGGUAGAGCAAAAUGAAUAGCACCUUGCACACUGUGUGUUUGACACAGUAUUCCCAUUGUGCUAUGACAAGAGGCUGAUCUCCAUCACACACCCAUCUUCAUUACCAAGGACGGAGCUAGCUUAGACAGCUGAGGAAAAGAAGGUCAGCUGUGUGGGGGCCAGAGACAGCUCCUCCCCCGGAGGCAGAUCAGCCAAGAUACUUUGAUUGCAUUGGCAAAGCGAUAAGAAGCGGAAGAAAUUUCUUCUCACGUAGGGAAACGUCAUUCAACAGAUAUACAACACAUGUUUAUUAAGAACCUUCUAUGUGCUUAACCCUUACGGUGCAGUGGGGACCCAGUUCCCACCUUCACAGAGCUUAUAGUCCUGUGGCAAACAGGAAGCUCAAUAAAGAGAAACAAUAAAAUGUGGGUUGGUGCUGUGAAUUUCAAGGUGGUAUAGAGCUGGGACUCAAACAUAUGAUGGCACAUAUUAUGGCGGGAGAAGGAAACUGCCCCCCUUUGUUUUCCAUUCCAUUAGUGAGUUUGAUGGUGGAAGUCAGUCUUUUUAGAGGCUCUUUUAGUGCAGGCAGAUAGGCACGCCUCUGAUUGGAGACUCUGUGACCACAUGGUCCUGGGCAGAUGCACUGUUCACAUGGAAGAUGGUCAACAAAUGCUCAUAAGGUGAAAGGCUGAUUUGUGCCAAUGAGUAACUGUCAUUCAACCUGAUAUAACCCAAAAUAAUAUUAACUUCGGUUCAUCUCUAACAUUUAUUAUGUGCUUAAGACAAUCCUGCCACUAUUUUAAAUGUACACAAUUUGUUUAGUUUUUACAACUCAAUAACAGAAUGACUAUCAUUAUACCCAUUUUAUAGGUGAGAAAACUGAGACAUAGGAAGAAAGGAAGAAGUAACUUACCUAAAGCUACACAGGCACAGCCAAUGAGCAGCAGGCCUAGACUUUGAACCUAGGCAGUCAGCUUCAGAUGCUGCCCUUCUCUAUUCUGCCUCUCCAAGAGUAGUAAUAAAGAUCCUUGGGCAUUUCCUUAGAGGGAUGGGGCAAUAAGCUGAUGGUUCCUCAAAGCUGCAACCCCAGGGAUCACGAGCCUGGCGGGACUCCCUAUUUCAGCUGUCACUUCCUACCUUCUCUCAUAGCCUCUAGCCUUGGGCUGAUGAGAUGGGCACAUGGGAACAGGCAGAGCUGCAGUCUGGGACUAGCCUUCACUCAGCCACACUUGGUAUAUGGCCAUCUCCUGACAGCCUGGGUAGCAGCUACCGUGAGUAGAAGACAAGGCAGAGGCCAGGCAGGCAACUUCCUUCCCCAGAGCCACUUGUGGUCUCAUCUAAGAGCCCUGAAGCCAACUGUUUGGGUAUGAUAUGCCAGGACUUGACGGCCAACCUGGCUCAGUAUCCAAUUCCAACUUCUGACUCAGAUGCCUAAUGUAGCACGCCUGAAUAAUCUGUACUCAGGUGCACUUUUUGUAGAAGAUUUGGUCCCAGUGUUUAUCUUGGGGGUGGGGAGAGACAAGGGAUAGCUAGGUCAAGUGGGCAAGAAGAGACAGGGAUUUUCUCAACUGAGGACUCUGCUGAGUGGCAUUUUCCACCCAGACAGUUUCACUGAACACUGACAUCAGAACAUUCUAGAAGAGAUGCCAAAUCCAGUUGAAUAAUAUUCUGAUAUCCUAGAAUUUUAAAAAGUAAAAAUCAUGUUCUCAAAAAUGCCUAGAACAUUCUCCUAGAAUUCAGUAUCUCACAUUCACCCUUGCAAGCUUUUUUCAAUAUUGUUUUCCAUUAAUUUGGUGGCUAAUAGCUUGAUAGUCUGGAUAACUGCCAAUUCAAUAAUGUAUCUGCCAUUCUUUGCUAAGUUUCAGUGUUCAAUUUGCUCAAAUAUUCCCCUUUCAUUUCCUGACAACACCAGAACUUAAUGGCAACACAGGAACAUCCCUGGCCAGGUCCUUCUCUCUCUCGAGAAUGCAGUCUAGCUACACUGCUAGCCUCUCUCUUGCUCUCAUACUCAUGAUCUUUCUUCAUGUCUAUUUUUGGUUUUCCUGGCUCAGGCUUCUUUGGGCCACUGAAACACAACCCUCACUUUCUUUCUCUCCCUCUGGCAUGUAUGCUGCUGGUAGGAGCCCCCUAAGUAAAAACUGCUACAGAAAUCCUU